UGUGUUGUUGCUGCCACCUCACUCACUGUAGCUUUGUUACCAGUUGUGGCUAGUUGUAUGUCCUGCUGUCGGAAGACCCGCGUACCAUGGAGGUGUCUGCCCGUGGACAGUCUGAAAUGAGUCAUCCUUAGCGGUGGGACUGGACUGAACAUGACCAGACAGAGAAAGCAUGUUUCCCAAAUCUCCAGACAGGCAGAGUUCGCCCGGGUUUUGAUGAGUGAAGACCGGUCUGUUUUCUCUUCACCCUCGCUAUGAAGGACCGUCUCGACCUCUCCGUUGCCGGAGCUCCUCGGAAACGCUUAACGGACAAGUGACGAGAAAGUGAAGGAAGUUUGAAGCUCGUCCAUCACCGGCUGACCUUGGUCGUCGAUCUUCGCCAGGAUGCCCGAUGAACUGCCACCAGCUCUCUACGUGGUAAUGGAAGUGGCCAUCGCCAUCUCUUCUGUCAUCGGGAACGUGAUGGUGGUCUGGGCGGUGAGAAUGAAUCGCUCGCUGCGGGACACGACCUUCUACUUCAUCGUCAGCCUGGCCCUGGCUGACAUCGCGGUGGGCGCACUGGUCAUCCCGCUGGCCAUCACCAUCAGCAUCGGGCUCACGACUCAUUUCUACAGCUGCUUGCUGGUGGCCUGCACGGUGCUCGUCCUGACGCAAAGCUCCAUCCUAGCUCUCCUCGCUAUUGCCAUUGACCGCUACCUGAGGGUCAAGAUACCUAUGAGCUAUAAGCGGGUGGUGACACCGAAACGAGCUGGGACAGCAGUGGUCGUGUGCUGGAUGGUGGCCAUCAUUGUAGGCCUGACACCUAUGUUGGGCUGGAACAACUUGACAAAGCUAACGAACAACUCCCUGGAUGCUAACCUACUUAUCACCUGCCAGUUUGAAACAGUCAUCAGCAUGGAGUAUAUGGUCUACUUCAACUUCUUUGGCUGGGUGCUGCCCCCGCUUGUCCUAAUGUUGCUUAUAUAUGCUGAGAUCUUCUACAUGAUUCACAAACAGCUUAAUAAGAAAGUGACGGCUAGCCAGACUGACCCCAGUCGUUAUUAUGGCAAAGAGUUGAAACUGGCUAAAUCACUUGCUCUUGUGCUAUUUUUGUUUGCUAUUAGCUGGCUGCCACUGCACAUUCUAAACUGCAUCACUCUCUUCAGCCCAAACUUAGAGAAAAAGAUCCUCAUCUACAUCGCUAUUUUGCUUAGUCACGGCAACUCUGCUGUUAACCCCAUCGUGUAUGCCUUCCGCAUUAAGAAGUUCCGCAGCGCUUUCCUCAAGAUCUGGAAGCAGUACUUCUGUUGCAGGGACAUGUCCCGUCAGGCCGAUCGAGGCAGCCAGCGAAGGGAGAGCCAGGAGAGGAGAGUGAGACGUAACAUUGACAUUUGAUCCCACACUGGAGCCUUGGGGUACACCCCUGUCUAGUAGGAGGUCUGUUAUAGAGAUUAUUUUUGGUGGAUGUCUUCAUGGGAAUGAAGUGUGGGUGAGCUGCUGUCAGUUUAUCCUUAGCAUCUAGGCCAGUGACCCUAUGAUAUUUUGAUCCCACACUGUAAAAUAAUAUUCUGUUUUCCAGCUAAUGUUGAGAUCAAACAUCAACUGAGGCAUUUCACCGAAAUAUUCACUAAAGUCAUAGUCAAUGGUGCGAUGAAUGUAGCCUACCAUCUGUGAAGGACCAUCAAAUAUAUGAAAACUGCCUGUUUUCGUGGAAGCGCCACACAGUCCAAAUGGCAUUCAGUUUGUGGCAAAGCCUUACUGCAACUACUGUUAAGUGCUUUAAACCACGACAGGUAUUAACUAGACAAAGUGUCUGAGUUGACUUGGGGAAAUGUCAGUAAGCCACCUGUCCUGCUUUUUAUCACGUUUCUUUUGAAUCAAUGGCACUGCAGUAUUAAGAGUAAUGAACUCUUAAAGAGUCAUGAGUCUGAACUAGAUCUUUUUGUGGAAGGACAUGGAGAACACGAUUUAACGAAGUAACGUUUUCAACUGACCAAUCCAUUUCCUUGGAAGAUGAAUUGUUUUAUUAGAGUGGUGAAUUGCAGUUUAUUUAUGCAAUCCAUAAUUGUAAAUUGAUAAACAUGCAGUCAAAACAAUUGCUUCCUUUGCCUUAAACAGAACUGAUCUGCUUGAUCCACUCUUUUGCUGCUUGAAGUGAAAUUUGUCAUGUUUUACAAGUAUUUUUAUUUUAUGUAAUUGUUUAUUAUGAUUUGUUGUCAGAAAAGGUUUACUCAUCUCAUUUGUAUUACAGCUGUUACUACAGUAAGCACUGGAAGAUGCAGUAGAGCAACUUGACAAUUCUAAUAUUUUUUUCAUAUCUUCUUGUAUGUAAGUGUCCAAGUCUAACAGCUACCAUGUAUAAUGUAUUGGAAGCGCACUACUUGAUCAUACCUUGCUUGAUUAUCUUUGUGAGGAAUGGUUAUGAGCAUUAUGUGCUUAACUGUAGACCAACCAAGCAUUUGAUAUCUACAAUGCUUUGAGCAGGAGAAUCAAGAAGCAAGUGUGAAACAACAGACAAGACAGAACCAUGAAUAAACCUAGUUUGAACUAUAUUAACCAAGACCUGGUAUUGUUUUUAUGUUCAGCCAAGAACCCAUACUGUGAUGCUCAGUUCACAAGGAGCAGUACCUUGCACUAUACAUCUGAACAGUGGUGACAUCAUCAAAGAACAUUAAAAAAAUACUCACAGUUAACAUGAAAUAUGAUGAAGAAUCUGAUACAUCAAAACUACUUGGUGCAGUCACCAACCAGUGAAAGUGAUGUGUUCAAAUAUAUGAGUGUACUUACUAAAUUUACAAAAAGUACCUUGUUUGUAUGCUUUUUUUUUUUGGUCACAAAAACUGCAUUGAUUUGCUGCCCAAUGAAGAUUAAGAGCUGUAUCUAAGCAGUAAGUUCUGUUGUGCCUCCAAACCAUUGAAGUAAUACACACAUUGACUGAUGUACUCUCAUUGGCCACUUUAUUUGGUUGCAUCUGCAUUGAUUGUCCAGUUUAUUAGGCCCAGUUAGCAUAUUCAGUUCUGUGCAAAAAUCAGAGACCACCCUUUUGUUUAUUUAAUUUCCAUGCUAAAAAUUGUGAUACUAUAUUUAGUUGUUGAGGCUUUUGGUUUCAUCUUUUUUUCUUGAUGCUGAGCAAUAAAUCACUUAAUGGUUGGUUAAAUUAAAUAGAUGAAAGGAUCUGUAUUUGUAGAUCUGUUUCCCUGCAUAAUUUGUUGACCUUAAACUUUUUCCUAUUAAUCAACUGCCAGGAGCCCCACAUGGUUAUUAUUUGAAUAGUGCUCAUACAGCAGUGUUGCUGGUAUUGUGAUGUAUUAUGAUAUGGUUUAUCUCAAUAUGAUAAAAUAUUGCCCUACUGCCCUCCUCUACUUAACCAUACACAAUGUUAAGUAAAAAAGAAUGAAUUUUUAAUUGACUUUUACAAAACCCUUUUCCUGAAAAGUUGGUAAGUAUUUGUAAAAUGCAAUAAAAACAAGAAUCUUUGAUUUGGUCA